CUUCAAGGAAGUUUGGAUGACCAACUUCCAUGACCAGUGUUUUUACAGUGGACAAACUUUAGACUACUGUUUUUUGUCUAUUUUCCUUGACACAUUUUUUGAUAUAUUAUUACACAAUGUCGUGUUAUUAGAGAACAAUUACAAUGUUCACGUUGUAUGUGCGACUUUCGUUCACAGUAGCAGGAGGAUGCAAGAUGUAACGGAUUUCGGAAGUAGUGAAAGUUUUAGGACACAAACUAAUUCUUCAGGAACAUUUCUUCAUGGAAGUCACUGUAUUCUCUAUUUUCCUCUGUUUUCAACUAGAAUAUAGGCAUAUAUUUCGGAUACAAUGUCUACAACACCUCCCUUUUAAUUUGUAUGGGUUCUACAAUGUAACUCAUCAUGAAACUCCAUGCCAUACCGCUAUCCUGGGGGACAGCAACGAUAAACAUCCCGCGUUCUGUAGCUCCCUACUUUCAUGGGGAACUUUACAGAACCCAUUUGGAAGUGGUCGACAUAGAGUGAGUGCAAUUCCUUUAUUUCUGUGCCUGUCCUAUUCCAUGCUCAACGAAGGGUUUUACAUCCGUCUGCCUGAGAUGCAGUAGUUGACCGGUUUUUGUUUAGUUUUUAACUAAGUUCCCCCCCUCAUCAGCACACUCCCAGACCAUUUCAUCACGACCCUGCUGGAAAAUCAGCAGAGCCGAUUUUGAAGAAGAUGAAUGGACAACAAGGGCAAUGUGGUCCCUUGGCUUUCUGUGCUGAAGAGGGUCCUCUUUGUUCUUUGGCCCCAGCAGCAGGCCCCUGGGGACAGUCCCUCUAUGCCUCCAUAAGCCACCAGGCUAACAUCAUACAGCGUAGAGCCCAGAGCCGCAAGAGAAGCCUCACCAGAUACAUCACUGGUCACACUCUGCCUCACGUUCAGAGUGAUGCACAGCCAUCAGUGUUUGGACUCACAUUUCACAAAUUUGCCCAGGUGGAGGCGGGGACUGAGUUCCCCCAUCUGACGAUCUUCCUCCUCAUCCACAACAUUGGGCCUCCGGGGGGCACCAACCUGUCCAAGCUGGCCAUCAGGGACUCCGUAUCUGGGAUAGCACCCCUGCAGAGUGGGGGGAUGGUGGUGGAGAAAGGCUUCCAGACCUUCAUCAUCGAACUGGGUCUCAGUAUGUUGCGACGUAUACUGCCUCAUCAAUGGUCAGGAGUGAAAUUUGGGACCUGUCAGCCUUCCUAACGUUCUCCAAUGCCUCACUGGUACUGUACUCACACUUAUAUUUUCAUAUUUAACUUGCUCUUUUUGCCUCUCGUCAUCUGAAACACUUUACAUUACUGUACAUAGGCAUCAGAGGAGGCUGGUGGGAAGAGCUAUCGGAGGACAGGCUCAUUGUAAUGGCUGGAAUGGAAUUAAUGGAACAGGGUCGAACGUGGAUUCCAUGUGUUUGGUGUGUUUGAUACCAUUCCAUUAAUUCCAUUCCAGUCUUUACAAUGAACUUGUUCUCCUAUAGCUCCACCCACCAUCCUCCUCUGAUAGGCAUUAUUUCAGGGUAACUUUAACUGUUCUCGCUCCACAGAAUGACGUCAAUAUGUUUGGUCCAGUGGUGGCUAAUUUAACACUAAGGGUGAACUCCAUGGACAAGGUAACUUAGUAUGGACUUUUCAAUACAGUAGCCUGCCUCACAUUACAGACGUUUUAUCACAGUUAUCAAGUCACAGGUUUGGCCAUGACCCUGAUACUAAUUUCCUUCUCUAUAUUGAAUAUCCUGUUUGGGAUAGGGGGCAGUAUUUUCACGGCCGGAUAAAAAACGUACCCGAUUUAAUUUGGUUAUUACUCCUGCCCAGAAACUAGAAUAUACAUAUAAUUAGUA